UAAGCUUGUCAUGGACUCUUCGCUAUUUUCUUCAGCUUUUUUCCUGUCUUGGCAAUCUAUUCUUACUGAACAUAGUCAUUGAUUCUUGUAUCUGUUUGGAAGCCGCUUUCGACUCGAUAAAUACUAUGAUUAAAAACUUUUCUCGUCAUGAAACACCGACAAUUAUGUUACAACAGUUGAAAAAGAUUCGAUCUGAUUACAGUUACGCCGUUUUAGCUUCUCAGUCAAUCGAAAAAUUUGCUCGAUAUUUCAUAACCGUAUCAUAUAUAAAUUGCGGAGUCUUUGGGGUUGUAAAUGCUGUAUUCGCCUUUGGUCAUGUAAAAAAUGUCAUUUGGAUUCUUUUUAUGGUGACUGAUUCCAUCUUAGUCGCCUACCUUACAGUUCGACUUGUUUCGAUCAAUCAAAUUGCGACUUAUGGAUUAGAAGAUUUAUACAAUAUCUCUUUCUCAUUAAGAACUCAACAAUUACAAUACGAGAAUGAUACUCUAAUUAAUCGAAUGCUUUGGAAAAAUGUUGGCUUCACCUUUGGAAAUUUAUUCGUAAUUAACACCAAUUUUAUCACUUCAAUGUUCACAUUGACACUAACACUAAGCAUUACUCUUGCUAAUUUCCUUUACCAAUGA